AUGCUCCGAAAGGUUGUUGGUCUGACUACGGUGCUACUGGUGUUUGCAGCCAUCGAGUAUCAGCGCAUCACAGAUCUUAUCCCAGAUGGCAUUGUGAAGGAAAUGCCAGAGAAAAUGGUCGAAGAAUUGAAUAAAUUGACUGUUACGGACUUGAAAGUAAGUGUUCAAGCUUAAACAUUGCUUGAUCUUGUUGUCUAACCAAAAAUGUUUUUAGGCUAUAAAGAACAUUGCUGCCCGUUGGCCAGAAUACCGGUCGAUCGUGAAGCUACAAAAUGUGAUGACAGAAGAAAGCCCGAGGUUAAAGUACCUUUUGGACAACUUGAUCGAAUUGUUUCAUGAAAAGACUGGAGAUGGCGUUGAUUCCUUGUCCAAUUCUACUCACAAAUUCAUGGACAAUGCUGCAACUAUAGUAAAGAGAGGAGGUAACACCAUCAAGACAAUGUACGAAUACGAGAAGCGAGAAGUCAAGGAGAAUCUGAGAGAAGUCUUCCCUCAGAUGAUGUUGCUACUCGAAAGUAAGGUUUCAUUGAAGUAUUAUUCUUAAAACUUGGAACAGCAACGAUAUAAUAGCAUUAUAAAUAUAUCGACAGUAGUAUAAAUUAUGUAUGUAGUCAACUUAAUGUACAAUAUUCAGACCCGUCGCUAAAGAACGUAUUCCUGAGCUACAUGUGCGGCAGCAGUUCAGGAGGACUUAUAUUAAACGGAUCAUCGUCGUAUCGUGGCGCCUUCGGAAACACGCGACAGGGCUCUCAAGGCAGUUACUACAGUCGCUUCAGAGGACGCUACGGAUAA